UUGACCUGACUGUGUGUGUGUGUGUGUGUGUGUGUGUGUGUGUGUGUAGCUGUUAUUAGCAGGUGCAGUGCGUAUAGCAGUUAAUGGUAUAGCAGAUAAGGUUGAAUGUAGUAAGAGCUCCAUGGUGGUGCACUGCAGUGACGGCUGGGACGGUACGGCUCAGCUCACCUCUCUGGCCGUGCUGAUGCUGGACUCGCACUACCGCACACUCAGGGGCUUCCAGGUACUGAUCGAGAAGGAGUGGAUCAGCUUCGGACACAAGCUGGCCUCGGUGUGUAUGAGCAGUGAGGGCGUGGUUGUGUGUGGGCGUGUGAACGCAUGUAUAUUUAACCCUAUCUUUCUCUCUCUGUGUGUUUCUCAGCAUGUCGGCCUUGGAGAUGAGAAUCACGCCAACUCGGAACGAUCCCCUCUCUUUGUGCAGUUCAUCGACUGUGUGUGGCAGAUGAUGAGACAGGUCAGCUACUGAUGCUUUACACCACAACACUGUUGAAUUCUCCAAUCUGAUUGGUCAGAAGGCGUUGGCGACAUUUCUGUAACAGCAAGAUUCUGAUUCCAGCUGCAAGGGAAAUUACAGCUUUAUAGUGAUGUGCUCGUUCUCGUUUCUAUAGUAACAGCUCAUUGACUGGGUCUAGUAUGGCAUACGCAAUACAUAGUCUAAGCUUAAUCGU